AGACCAAGGUCUUGCUCUACUGGCACUUAUGAGAUCCAGUGCUGGCAACAUGGAGAAGAUAGUCAUCUGCCUGACGGUCAUCUUCUUGGGGACAGUGGCUCAUAAGUCAAGCUUCCAAGAGCAAGAUCGCUUCUUGAUUAGAAUGCGUCAACUUAUAAAUAUUGUUGAUCAGCUGAAAAAAUAUGUGAAUGACUUGGACCCUGAAUCUCUGCCAGCUCCAGAAGAUGUAAAGAGACAUUGUGAGCAGUCAGCUUUUUCAUGUUUUCAGAAGGCCCAAAUAAAGACAGCAAAUACAGGAGGCAAUGAACAGCUAAUCAGUGUAUUAACUAAACAGCUGAAGAGGAAACUACCUCCCACAAAUGCAGGCAGAAGACAGAAACACAGACCAACAUGCCCCUCAUGUGAUUCUUAUGAGAAAACACCACCCAAAGAAUUCCUAGAAAGACUGAAAUCACUCAUCCAAAGGAUGAUUCAUCAGCAUCUCUCCUAGAACACAUGAGAUAUGAAGGUUCCUGAGGAUCUAACUUGAAGCUGGACACUAUAUUACAUACUCUAACACAGUCGUGAAACUCACUUCUUGGUUUCUAAAUGGAGGAGUACAACAUAUUAGAUCUGGGGGAAAAGACUCAGAUAAGUGUUCAAAGUCAGGAUUAUUUCCCCCCAAUUACAAUGCAAUACUUCAGUUUGAUCCACAUGCUCUGUUUUAGUCAACUUGAAAAAGCUUUCUACUCAAUUAGAAUUUGAUUUCCUAUGUUAUGGAUUUUUAUGGUUUCUAAAGUUUUAACUUUAUAUUAUUGCCCAACUAUGACAUUCCUUUAUUGGGGGAGACACUUAAAAUUUUUAACCAAAAACAUAAUUUGGGAAUUUAUUGAUCUUAUA